CUUGUCGCCGACGAGCCAAAGAAGAUUGUCUAAACGUCCAACCAAGGGUGCAAAAAGGAGCCGACGAUGCCUUCCAACCAGUAUCGGCCUUUGACAAAGCCGUAUCCAAAGGGAUCAGCCCACAAAGAUCAGGUCGCGACUCUCAACCGCGGCCUGACCAUCUUUGCGGCAGUCUAUCUCGUCGUUGCGUUUCUCAGCACAUUGACCCAGCCGUCUACCUCGAGGAUCUCAUCACCGCACCUCCCGUCUUUCUCCACGUCUCCCCACGGCUCCUCGUCGUCGAGAUGCAACCCGUUCCUGCAGCCCGGCUUUGUUGCGCCUCUCCCUUCUGGGCUCUCGACGUACCACACCUUCGACCCCUCGUGCGCCGCGCCCUUGCUUCUUCCCACCCUCCUCUCUCAUCUGCCUUCGUCUCCCUACGCCAAGAGCUCCAUCCCACCCAAGCAAGCCAUCGACCCGACAUUGCUCGCGAGUGGCCUGUCCAACAAAACAGUCGUCCUCAUCGGUGACCGCGUAGACCAGGCCCUCGUCGAGCACUUCUGCAGCCUCGCCGGACACGUUGUCGACCGCGUAGACGCGCGACACCCUUGGGCCGAGCGACUUGCGCCAGGCUCCUUUAGCGAAGAGUCGCCGCUGGCCCACUACUGCUACGUGCCAGAGUACGACUUCUUCCUCACCUCCGUCUACCACUAUGGCGCAGACCAGUCAUUCUUCUUCAGAGGGAAGCCUGCCUGGUCAGCGACCUCGACUUUUGAAGAGAGGGUGGAAAAAGUCAUUGUGCCGUACCUUGAAACGACAACAAAGAGCUUCCCUGCCUCGCCAACGCUGCCUCCACCGAGAACAACAGCGGCGGCCAGGGCGCCCGCCCUCGUCGUGCUCAGCUCGAGCUUCUGGGACCUGGCCAAGUUCGCGCAGCAAGACAUCGACAAUCUCCACAGUCUCGUUCAGGAUCUCGACGAAGAGAGAUUGCUCCAGUGGAGAAGCAGGCACGUCGACAUGCUCGCCAGCUUGCACAGGACCUUUCCCAGGUCUCAGCUUGCGUGGCGAAGCCUGCAUGCACCAGCAAGCUCCGAGAGGGCCACUGUCGAGUGGUGGACGGGCACGCAAAAGGACACUGAUGCGGCCAAGAACCACCCGCUCUUUCACCUGAAUCGCAUCGUUCAGCUCAACAGCGCCCUCAAGUCGGCCUUGUACCCGCACGGCGACGAUGUGGUGCGAGGGUCGAACCGAGCAAACCGUAUCCCAGCUGGCGUCCGGGAUCUCGACUGGGGAAACAUCAUGCUGGGCCAGGACCAUCGCAUGGCCGAUCCCGUCACGCCAGCCCUGAACCCAGGAGGAAGCAUCUUUGCGGAGAUGCUGCUCGGUCAGCUUGUUUGAUCCUCCCUAUCUCUCUUUUUGCCAUUGUCCCUCCCAAUGAAAAGCAGUGUCCGAUUGGUCAAAAGCAAAAGAUAACGCUACAAAGAGAAACAAAAGCAAGGAUGAUUCUGCAG